UUCAGGUGAUGAGCGAUUGUGCAGCUGCCUGGGGUCGGAAUGACCUCCCUUCCUCCCCCUGCUACUCGGAGCUCACUAAAUGCGACCCCGUGUCUCGAAACACAAUCUCCCUGAAUUUCUCCAGCAUGGUGCUAACAGGGGUUAUCCCACCCUCGAUUGGCCUUCUCACUGUUCUCACCUACCUCAAGCAACCUGUCCAACAAUGGGUUCCUUCGAGGCUCCCUUCCCAGCACCUUCAGCAAUCUAUCUCACCUGAAAAUUCU